CUAUUGUAUCUGGAGGUCAGGCUUAUCAUCAGAAUGAAAGAUUUACCCACGUGACUUUGACCUGUGCUGUGAAUUCUGGAAUUUCGAUCCUUCAUGUGUUUUGGCAGAAGAAAAUAUUGAAUUCUUACAUAACUACGAUCGGCCCUGAUACAAACAUCAAUAAAUAUAGCGGUAGUUCUCCAUCUAUACCACAUCUCACAAUAUUAAAUCUUGAUGGUGGCGAUGAAGGAGAGUAUACAUGUUUUGCAUCAAACAAUGUAGGAAUAGGACAGAGUUCACCAACACAUUUGUCUAUUACUAAUGGACAGCCACCAACAGUUAUUGUAGAGCAAUCAUCAUACCAAGUUGCAAUCAGUAGAUCAGUGACUUUGAUUUGCACUGCCAACUUUCACCCUCUGUAUGCUAUUACUGGGGUUAAAUGGGAAAGAUAUAAUACUGGUGGUUCUACAUCAAAUAUUUUGCCUUAUACUAGCAAAUACAGUGGAGGCAGCGUUUCGAUACCUUCCCUUACGAUCGUUUAUGCGGAAGAGAGUGAUGCUGGGACUUAUAGAUGUUCCGUAUCUAAUAUUUUUGGGACAGGAAUGGGAACUACCACACUCUAUGUAACAGAAAAUACUCAAAAGACAGAAUGUCCUUCUUCGAAUUGGUUGAUUUAUGAAAAUUCGUGCUACCUCUUCGUGACCUCAAGUCUUGACUGGUUUGGAGCACAACAUUAUUGUCGAGAAUAUGACGCAAAACUUGCAGAGAUAGAAACGGAAGCUGAAGACAACUUCAUUCGAAGGAUCAUAGCAGAAGCAUAUUCCGAGCAAUUGUUCUGGUUAGGAGGGAGAGAUGAUGACGUGGAAGGUUCAUGGAAAUGGUCGUCCGGAACGUCGUUUACAUAUACGAAGUGGAACUCAGGUGAACCAAAUGACAAUACCAAUGUAAAUGGCUAUGUGCAGGAUUAUUUAAUGACUAAUGCAAAUGGAUGGUUUGAUCAUGAAUCGCACAAUGCUGUCAACUAUAUAUGCGAAACAAAAGAGUAG